AUGCAAGAAAUUGACACUGAUGUGCUUGUCAUCGGCGCCGGUGUAGCUGGCCUCUCGUUGACGGCGCUGCUGGCUGCACAGGGUGUACGCGUCUUCGCGAUUGCAAAGCACAAUGGCACAGCCCCAGCCCCUCGGGCCCAUGUCACGAACCAGAGGACCAUGGAGGUCUUUCGAGACAUGGGCAUCGAGCAUCGUGUGAAGGCUGUGGGAACCGCAAUGGUGGACACGGGCAGCCUGGUCAUGGCCACCAGCCUGACUGGAAAGGAGAUUAUGCGCUACAGCUGCUAUGGCGGCGGCGAUGAGCAACUCACCGACUUUGCCAAGGCUAGUCCAUCCCAGAUGUUGAACGUCUCGCAGCACCUCCUCGAGCCAGUUCUCUUGAUUCAAGCGCGAGAGAAGGGUGCCGAUGUGCGCUUCUACCACGAGCUGGUAGGCAUUGAGCAGACAAGCGAGGGCGUUGUAGCUCGAGUGCGCGAGCGGACAAGCCAGGCCGAGUAUACAGUCCGCGCUCAGUACGCUGUUGGCGCUGACGGGGCCCGCUCGACUGUGGCCGAGAAAGUUGGCUUUGGGUUCCAGGGCGAGCCUGGGCUUAUGUCGAUGAUGAGUUCCUGGCUAGAGAUGGAUCUUAGCCACUACGUCGCCCACCGCCCGGCCUGCAUCUACUGGAUGCUACAGCCAGGAGACGAGUACUGGGUUGGUUCAGGAACGUGUGUGGUUAUGAAGCCGUGGAAUGAGUGGGUGGUGAAUCGACAGUACAACGCGGCGGAUGGGGAGCCUGAGAAUACCGAUGAAGCCGUCAUUGCGCAUGCUCGCAACGCACUCGGUUUACCUGACUCGCUGCCCGUUCGUGUGAAACACAAAGCCAAGUGGCAAGUCAACCACGUUAUAGCAACCGAGUACCGAAGGGGGCGCAUCUUUCUCGCAGGUGAUGCAGCCCAUCGCCACCCACCCGCUAGCGGACUAGGAAGCAAUACUUGUGUGCAGGAUGCGUACAACCUGGCCUGGAAGCUGGCUAUGGUUGUGAAGGGCCAAGCUGGCGAGAGUCUUCUUGACAGUUACAAUCAGGAGAGACAGCCCGUUGGCAAGCAGGUGGUGGACCACGCCAUCCAGACUCUCCACGACAUGGCGGCGCUCCCCAAGGCCCUGGGAUUCCAGCGAGGACAGUCGCGGGAAGCCGGCUUUGCCUCGCUGGAGGACCUCUUUUCCGAUGCAGAUGGCGCAGCUGAGCGCCGUGAAUUUCUGGAGGAGCAAGUCAAGCUGGGGAACCGACGCUCGAAUGCACUUGGUGUGCAGUUAGGCCAUCGCUACACAAACUCGUCUGCAGUUAUUGACGACGGGAGCCCAUUUCCAACUCGUCAGCGCGAUCCCGUUCUCUACUACGAGGCGACGACGCAUCCGGGUGCCUAUAUGCCGCAUGCAUGGGUGGAGUAUAAACGAGCUCGCAUAUCGACACUGGAUAUAUUCAAGCAUGGGCGCUUCGGUCUCGUCGUCGGCAUCGGCGGCAAACCGUGGGAAGAAGCCGCUGCCACGAUCAGACAGGAGCUGGGCAUUGAAUUGGACGUCCACUUUGUCGGCUACCGCUGCACUUACGACGACGUGCUGGGAGAAUGGAGCAGCCGACGUGAGAUUGGUGAUCGCGGUGCCAUCCUCGUUCGGCCUGACCGUCACAUUGCCUGGCGGUCCGCGGACCGUCCUCCGAACCCGGGUGCAGCUUUGCUAUCAGCCUUACGGCAGAUUCUCGAAAUUGGCUCCAAGUAA